ACGAGGGUUAAACAUUUCUGAAUGUAGUUCCACUGAUGACCAGAGGGGCAGCGCUGCGUCUCCAUCGAGUUUAAUCUGCUGAAAAAAAGGGAGACGAAGAAGAAGAAGAAUCGCCUCCACUGUUGACAACACCGGGAGAACGAUUUUAUUCCGCAGUAUCAGCAGGGAUGGUUCUCCUUGUUCCCCACCUCCACCAGCAUCGCCUCCUCCUCAUGUCCUCCCUUCCCCUCGUCAUCCCCCUCCUGUGCCCCCCUCCUCUCCGCCAUCGUCCCUGACUCCUCCUCCUCCCCCCCGACGAGGGAAGCCGAGUUUCGCCGGAGCCAUGGUGGACGUCAGUAAAUGGCCUCUGUUCUCGCUGCUGAGCUCUGAGGAACUGGCGGCGAUCCGACAGGCCUGCGUGUUCGGCACGUCUGCUAAUGAAGCCAUCUACAUCACACAUGCAAAUGAGGUGUUUGUGUUUGGGUUGAACUGCAGCAGCUGCCUCGGUACAGGAGACAGUCUGAGCACGAUUGUGCCAAAGAAGCUGGACUUCCUGCAAGGGAAGAAGGUCGUCAGCCUCAGCUAUGGCAGCGGACCACAUGUCUUACUGGCUACAGACGAUGGACAACUGUUUGCUUGGGGACACAACGGCUACAGCCAGCUGGGGAACGGGAUGACCAACCAGGGACUGUCCCCGCUGCUGAUCACGUCCAACCUGCAGAACAAGAAAGUGAAGGAGGUGGCUUGUGGCUCGCAUCACUCCAUGGCUCUCACUCAUGACGGAGAGGUGUUUGCGUGGGGCUAUAAUAACUGUGGACAGAUUGGUUCAGGCUCCACAGCCAAUCAGCCCCACCCCAGGAAGGUCACCGGGAGCCUGCAGGGCAAGACUGCCGUCGGCAUCACAUGUGGACAGACCUCCUCCAUGGCUCUGGCCAACAACGGAGAGGUUUACGGCUGGGGCUACAAUGGGAAUGGGCAGCUGGGUAUCGGUAACAAUGGGAACCAGCUGACACCCUGUCGCCUCACUGCACUCCAAGGGCUGUGUGUUCAUCAGAUUGCGUCGGGCUACGGACACUGCCUGGCGCUAACAGAUGAAGGGCUGCUGUAUGCCUGGGGAGCAAACACUUACGGUCAAUUGGGAAAUGGCAACAAGAGCAAUCACCUAAGCCCUGUGCAAAUCAUGGCUGAUAAAGAGAGCAGGAUUGUGGAGGUCGCAGCAUGCCAUUCAACACAUACUUCAGCAGCAAAGACGCAAAGCGGGCAGGUGUACAUGUGGGGUCAGUGUCGGGGCCAAGCCAUCGUCCUGCCACACCUCACACACUUCGCCAACACAGACGACGUCUUCGCCUGCUUCGCUACGCCCUCGGUCAUGUGGCGUCUCAUGUCCAUGGAGCAUGACGACUUCAUGACGGUUGCCGAGUCUCUGAGAAAAGAGUUCGACAGUCCAGAAACAGCCGACCUCAAGUUCAGCGUUGACGGCAAAUGCAUCCAUGUUCAUAAAGCUGUGCUGAAGAUCAGGUGUGAACAUUUCCGUUCGAUGUUCCGCUCCCAGUGGACGGAGGACCAGCAGGACGUCAUAGAGAUCGGCCAGUUCUCGUACCCCGUCUACAGAUCCUUCCUGCAGUUUCUCUACACGGACGCUGUUGACCUGCCGCCUGAGGAUGCCAUCGGCCUGUUAGACUUGGCUACCUCCUACUGUGAAAACCGCCUGAAACGUCUGUGUCAGCAGAUCAUCAUGAGAGGAAUCACCGUGGAAAACGCCUUCACCCUGCUGUCUGCUGCCAUACGAUACGACGCAGAGGACCUGGAAGAGUUUUGUUUCAGGUUUUGUGUAAACCAUCUGACUCAGGUGACUCAGACCGGAGCCUUCUGGCAGGUAGAUGGCGCUAUGCUGAAGGAAUUCAUCAGCAGAGCGAGCCGUUGCGGAGCCUUUAAGAACUGACUGGUACUCUCACAUUCCUAGAAUUUAUAAAGUGUAUUCUGACCAAGUGGAUGUAGUUGUGAGAAUGCUCCACUGCUCCGUAAGUAUCACCUUUGAUCGCAUUCCUGUUCACGGCAAAAGAGGAGACCCUUUCUUGAAACGUGUGUAUUUCCAAAGGCACAUAACAGCAUCAUUAUGGUAAUGUUGAACUGGAAUUUAAUCUGCGUCAUCUGUGGAUCCAAAAUCAGCACUUUGGCCAUUUCCUGUGGAGUCACUUAAACUCAUGUCGCCUUUUUCUGCAAAAUUGUGUUCUUUUCAUGCUUUAUGUGUACUUGAAUGUUUUGUUUUUGUUGGCCGGUGCUGAUAUUCAUCCUUAACUUUUUGGAAAUGUUUGUGUAAAAGACCAAAGACCUGGAGGGAAUCGGCAGAUUUGUCUUUGUAAGGGCACUAAAAGAGAUGUUAUGUUGAACUGUCUGAGAAAACAGACUUGUACCACUAAACCAGGGGUGUCAAACUCAUUUUAGUUCAGGUUCCACAUUCAGCCCAAUUUAAUCUCAAGUAGGCCGGACCAAUAAAAUCACAGCAUAAUCACCUAUAAAUAACUGCAACUCCAAAUGUUUCCUUUGUUUUAGUGCAAAAAAAUACAUUCUGGCGAUGUUCACAUUUAAGGAAUUAUUUUUUUACAAAACAUUAUGAAUAACCUGGAAUUUCUGAAGAAAAAAAAUCUGUUUCAGCAGCAUUAUUCCUCAGUUUAUCAUUUAACACAUUACAACUUUCAGAUCACAAAGUGUCUACAAAGGAACAAAACAUUUAGUCACAGCUAUCUGGAACUGAAUGAUAUAGUGUUUUACUUUAUGAUCAAGAUGACAAAAGUCAGACAAAAAAAAAGACAAAAAACGAGACAAAAUGGCAAAAAUGAGACAAAUGAUCAAAACAACUUGUCACACACAAAUUUUACAAAUUUACAAUAUGCAGUUAAUGUCUUUUUUGUAAUUUUUCCACUUUACAAAGUCGUCCCACAGACCGUAUUGGACCCUCUGGUGGGCAGGUUUUAGUCCACGGGCCACAUGUUUGACACCCCUGCACUAAACUGAAACAUGUUUGAGUUACAUCUGCAUUUUCCAGGCAAAAGUAGCUGAAUUUUUGAAACUGUUGAGUCGAAUAGAGAAUGUCUGUCCCAGUUAAAAGUGUCAUAACAUACAGCUGAUCCAGAGCCUGCUGUGGGGUCACUACGGGUCACUUUCUGUUCUCUUCUCUUGCAUUCCCUUCGUUGUGGGACUUCAGAGCUAUUAUAGGAUGUAUGUUUUCAUUUUUUUUUUUAUACUUAAAUCUGCUUUGUUUUGGUAUGUUUAUUGCUCUAUGGCACUUUAAGAAACAACAGCUGCUUCUUACUUUUCAGUGAAACUAGUAGCUCAAAUCCUAUUAGACCCCUUGGACAGAGAACACUAGAAGUUACAGAAUGUUACACAAGCAGUGAACAUUUGAGGCACUGUUGAGUCAUUAGUUGUGUUUUCCUUCAAUUGCAAGCGUAAAAGGUGUAACCUACAUAUACAGUAAGGCUUAAAAAUACCUUUAAUUUCCCUACUUAUUAUUGCUUUGAUCUUUCUUAUACGUUUUGUAAUUGUUUCAGGGCUGAACUAAUAGUAACAAAUUGGCAAAGUAGUUGACUUAGUAAGAAGAUUUCUAAAUAGCUCAUUCAUCAUUCAUCCGAUUUUUCUUUAAAUAUAAUAAAAAUGCACUCACUGAAACUGCACAAGACAUUGCAAGUUAAAGCAAUAUAAAUGCUCUGAAAAAUAGGUGAGAUUUAUUAUUAUUUUUUGUUAAUUUUCUGUUUACUUGGGCUGAUUCUGUUGGGUGUAGUACAAAAAUAUUUCAUUGACCAAAGAUGGUUGAGAUUGGUUUCUGUUUCCCCGGUUAAGUUUCUGUUUCCUGAUGCACUCUGAUGGUUGUUACGCAAUCCGUAUUCGACUAAAGCGCGACAUCUGUUUAUUCUAAAAGCACAGUUUCAUUCAGGUUAAUUUGAGAUGCAUUGAGGUUAGUUUACUGAGGAAUGAGGUUUAUAGUUCUCAUUUUGUAUGAGAAAUGUCAUGCAAACUGUCAAGUUAAGAUUGUUUUUGCUCACUGAUAAAUAUAUACAUAUAUAUAUUUUUGUUAUGCUUUCUUAAGCUUUUAUUUACUUAGGAGCACGUUUAUGAAGCUGAUAGGCGUUAAAUUCAGCAUAUAGGACUACAGCGUUGGGAUUUGUAUGACUGUUAUUUUGCGGUUAUGUACGGUGAUGUUUUUACUUUGAUCGGUUAUGUUUUGAUAUGUUUAUGUAAGGAAAUCAUGGUCUGUUUAUUAUAGAACAUGUAUGCGCAGUCUGUGAAGGAAAUAAAUAAGUUCUAGAUCUA